GUUGUACCAGAAAACAUGUUUGAUGCCGUUUUCCCUUUCGACCAAACACAAUCUCAGACCGUAUGAUAGUGCAAACCCCAGAAAAUGUAGCGAUACAUAGGCCAAAUCAAGGUGACGACAAUCAGCAACAAGAAAAUCAAGAACAACGUGCGGAGACACCGAAAAAUGAUGAGGAACACGAGUACAAUUCAUCUGAAAAUGUAUUAAGAGAAAUUCACAACUUGGAGCAAGAAAACGCCGCAGAAAGCAAUAAUAGAUCUUUAGAAAAUAUUGAGCGACAGCGACGUAAAAGGAGACAAGCAGACAUUAAAGAUUGGAAGCCAGAGCAAAACAAACAAAGAAGAGGAAGUGGUUUAUCUUACUUAGGGAAAAGAAAACUUAACGAUGUCUAG